AUGACCAGUUUUCAUGUGGAAGGAGUGAGCAGUGAGACCAUCCAGGGAGUGAUGGACAUCAUUGCUCUGGCCAACAGCUUCACUAAGGGAAUAAACACAGAGGUGGUGCUGGCUGGGAUGGAGAUCUGGACCAAGGGGGACCUGAUAGAGGUCCCGGUGGACUUGCAAGUUGCGCUCAGGAAUUUCAACCGCUGGAGACAGCAGAAGCUCUUCCAGCGUGUGAAGCAUGAUGUUGCCCACAUGAUUGUCGGGCAUCAUCCUGGACAGAACAUGGGACGGGCAUUUCUCAACGGUGCCUGUUCCAGUGAUUUUGCAGCAGCUGUUGAAUCCUUCCAUCACGAGGAUGUCCUCCUGUUUGCAGCACUCAUGGUCCACGAGCUGGGGCACAACUUGGGUAUUGAGCACGACCAUUCAGCCUGCAUUUGUAAAGAUAAGUACUUUUGCCUCAUGCAUGAAAAUAUCACAAAAGAAAGCGGUUUCAGCAACUGUAGCUCUAACUUCUUUUACCAGUUCCUCCAUGAUCGCAAAGGGGAGUGUCUAUUUAAUAAGCCAGGGCACAAAGGUCGCAUGCGUAGGGAUGCCACCUGUGGAAAUGGGGUGGUGGAAGACCCAGAGCAAUGUGACUGUGGUCCUGUCUGUCAGAGUCACCCAUGCUGUGACCCAACAUGUAAUCUGAAGCCAGGUACACAGUGCAGUCAAGGACUCUGCUGCUCUGCCUGCAAAUUUAAAGCAAAGGGAAUUGUGUGCCGUCGUGUUACAGGAGAGUGUGACCUCCCAGAGUAUUGUCUUGGUGACUCUGGAGAAUGUCCUGCAGACAGGUACAAGCAAAAUGGCACAACUUGUGAAAGAGUGAACUAUUGUCUUGGGGGUCAAUGUAAGAAUCCUGAUCAUCAAUGCAUGGAUAUUUUUGGGCACGAAGCAAGGUCUGCCCCAGAAGACUGUUAUACUUCAAUGAAUAGCAAAGGCGACCGGUUUGGAAACUGUGGCCAUCCUACUAGCUCUAACCCAAAUUAUGUUCAAUGUACAAAUGAAAAUGUAUUCUGUGGGAAAAUUGUAUGUACAAAUAUUGAAUACUUACCAUCAAUCAAACCCCAACACACAGUGAUCCAGAUCUCUCAUGAAGAUAACUGGUGCUUUGGCAUGGAUGCCUAUAAUGGUACUGACAUCCCUGAUGCUGGAGAUGUACAGCCUGGGACUUACUGUGCCCCAAACAAAGUCUGUAUGGAUAACUCCUGCACCGAUUACUCUGUGCUCAACUAUGACUGUGAUCCAGCUGUAAUGUGUAAUGGGAGAGGAGUGUGCAACAAUUUAAAACACUGCCAUUGUGAGGCUGGCUUUGCCCCUCCUGACUGCAGAGAACCAGGCCCUGGGGGCAGUGAGGACAGUGGUCCUCCUGGCAAGGAACAACAAGAUCAUCCAGGACAAGGUGGAAGUGAUAACUCUGUUAAUCUGCAACAGAAACCCAUCCUAGACGUGCUAAUAGUAUUACUUCCUGUACUUCUUCUCUUGAUAUUAGCAUGUCUAAUUACUUAUUGCGUCUGUGUGUGUUUACGUAAGUCACGUGCUGCACCAGCAGAGACCAAAGAAAAGGUUCCAGAGGAGGUUUCACCAGUAGCAGCCCCAGAAGAAGAGGCCGCAGAAGAAGAGGCCGCAGAUGAAGAGGCCCCAGAAGAAGAGGAAGGUGGUGAAGAGGAAGAUUCCUAA